UUUAAUUUAAUAAAAACAAACAAAUAAAGCGUUAACGCGGCUCAUAUUGGAAUGCAUAAUGUGUCGUGUGCAACAAAAAUGCUGAAUGUUAAAUAACAGCCUAGAUUUUUAUGCAUCAAAGUCACAAGCUUCUUUUAUGCAGACAAUAUGACAGAGGCUAAAAAAACAGCUGAUCAACUAGUGUUAUGGAGUCAAGAAGAGCUGGGACUGAGUACAACAUCAAAAUACAAGCCUGGUCAUGUCCCACAGGACUUCACUCAACUAUGUAUUGGACACAACAUGAAACGAAUGUGGAAACAUAUAAUGGAAGUGGUGCAUAAUAAAGCAACAGUGGAAAAAGUUGCAACUGCACUCGAACUAAACAAAUUUAAGGAAGAUUAUGUGGAAGGUAAAGCUGUUUGUCGUUCAAAAGAAGAUGAGUUAGAUAAAGUCUCGAAUGAAAUAAGGGAGCUUGAGCAAAAAUUAAAACUCAAACAGGCUGAGAUUACCAAAUCAGAAUUUGAAAUGUUUUCAAUGAGGAAAGACCACACUGAUGUUAAUAGCAAGAACUUAAUACUGGUUUGCAGCAUUGAAAAGCUGCAACAGCAAUUGGAAAGUGUAAAAACAAACAGCAAAUCCCUGAAAAAGUUGGUCUCUGACAAUGCAGGAAAACAGACAAUGUCCGGUAGUAAUUCCUAUGCUCCUUGUCUUGCUGCAUGUGCAAAGGAUUUAAAAAUUUUGGCGGAGAGAAUCCCACAAAUGGUAGAAUCUGGGCUUAAUCACAAACACUCUGAAAAUGUUCCGAAGUUACUGUGGAGCUCUGCAUUUCAAUUUGUCUCCAAAUAUCCAGCUAUUAUUAUUUCUGAAGCAAUGACUUCACUUUGCGUUCAACAUAAGAAUAUGGUGUCAAAACUAAUCUCAGAAAUAAACAUGGAAGAGGAUGUGAACACUCUUGCGCAAUCUUAUACGUUGCCAAGUGAAGGCAAGGCUGGAGUAGCACUAUGGCUUGCUUUGGAGAAUUAUGAUGCGAAAUGUGCAUCGGAAUACAAAGAGGCGCUGAAUCAUGAAAAGAAUGCUCAGCGAACCAUGACAGAGGUUGAUGAAGUCAUCACACGGUUGAAAAACUCAUCUGCACCUGAAAUUGCUGAUAGAAACAUGCUUGAUGCUGAAAUAUCAAUGGUAAAACAUAAGGAAUAUCUUCAAUCCCUCAAGCAGUCACUGGAAGAUCUUAAGCUCCUUGUAGAAGAUAAAACAGAAAUACAGCGUCAACAUUAUUUGAGAGAAAGAGAAAUCAAAAACUUUGGCAAAGAACUGGUACAAAACAGUCACCAAAUUGCUCUGUGUUCAAAAGAGAAUCUUAACCUGCGUCAAGCAUUAUUAAGAAUGCAGCUUGAUGCUCAAAACCAGGAAUCUAGUUUAUAUUCCACACUUCAGCCAUUGUUCAGUGAAACUUGCCAAUCCUUGAAGCGUGGAAUAAGUGAAGAAAUAGCUGCGUUUGAAGCAGCAUUUUUUGAUCAGCUAUGCACAAUACAAAGUGGUGAAGAUGGAAAGAGCAAUAAAAUUCCUGUUUCUGAUCUUACAAUCCAUUAUCCGAUGCUGCACCCGUGCAUCACUGGGGGAAAUACCUAUCAAAGAAUAUCUGAGUUUUUUAAUGGCAACACUGUAAAAUCCUGCAGUUCACUUCUGGAGAGAAUUAUUGAAGAUGCUGAGAUUGUUAACAAAGAAAGAAUAAACAGAAACUUGUUAAAAGAUUUGGAAAAAAUCUCCGAAACCAAAGUUAAAGAAAUACAAAAUUUAAAGACAAAAUUACAAGAAGUCUUUGAGCAAGAAAUCUCCAGGAGUAUUCCUCUGAUUGAACAAGGAAUCAAAUGUUCCAAACAUGUGGAAAGUGAAGCAAACAAAUUAGCAAAAGCUGUGGAUAAUUGGUUUGAAGAGCCAGGUCAGUACCAGGCGCCGUGGAUUCAGCAGGUUGGUGAAAAUUUAGACCAUGUAAAGCAGAAAUUGUUAUAAAAAUAUUAUUGAAGGCAUUUCUUUAUACAGGAAUAUAUUUUGAUAUUCUUGUUUUUUCAUUACAAAGCUGUACUAAGAGUAUGUGCCUUUCUUGAUAUUCUACUGUAAUUUGAAACCAUUACAUUACACUUACAUAACAACACAA